AGGACCAUGGAGCCCAGUGUCCUGCUCCUCCUUGCUCUUCUCGCGGGCUUCUUGCUACUUCUGGUCAGGGGCCAUCCAAAGGCCCAUGGCCACCUUCCACCAGGACCCCGACCCCUGCCCCUCUUGGGAAACCUGCUACAGAUGGACAGAGGAGGCCUCCUCAACUCCUUUAUUCAGCUUAAAGAAAAAUAUGGAGACGUGUUCACAGUGCACCUGGGACCGAGGCCCGUGGUCAUGUUAUAUGGGACAGAGGCCAUAAGGGAGGCUCUGGUGGACCAAGCUGAGGCUUUCUCUGGCCGGGGGACAGUUGCUGUACUUGAGCCAAUUGUACAGGGAUAUGGUGUGAUCUUUGCUAAUGGAGAACGCUGGAAGACCCUUCGGCGAUUCUCUCUGGCCACCAUGAAGGAUUUUGGAAUGGGCAAGCGGAGUGUGGAAGAGCGGAUUCAGGAGGAGGCCCGAUGUAUGGUGGAGGAGCUGCGGAAAUCCCAGGGAGCCCCCCUGGACCCGACGUACAUCUUCCAGUCCAUCACAAGCAACAUCAUCUGCUCCAUUGUCUUUGGAGAGCGCUUUGACUACAAAGACCGCCAGUUCGUGCGCCUGUUGGAGCUGAUCUAUCAGACCAUCUCGCUCAUCAGCUCAUUCUCCAGCCAGGUGUUUGAGCUCUAUUCGGGUUUCCUAAAGUUCUUUCCUGGUACCCACAGACAAAUCUACAAAAACUUUCAGGAGGUCCUGGACUACAUUGGUCACAGUGUGGAGAAGCACCAGGAAACCUUGGACCCAAACAAUCCAAGAGACUUUAUUGAUACCUACCUUUUACGCAUGGAGAAGGAGAAGACCAACCAACACACGGAAUUCAAUCACCAAAACCUCAUAAUCUCUGUGCUGGCUCUCUUCUUUGCUGGCACUGAGACCAGCAGCACCACGCUCCGCUUUGGCUUUCUGCUCCUGCUAAAAUACCCCCAUGUAGCAGAGAAAGUCCAAAAGGAGAUAGAUCAGGUGAUUGGCUCACACCGCCCACCAACCCUUGAUGACCGCACCAAAAUGCCUUACACUGAAGCUGUCAUUCGCGAGAUCCAGAGAUUUGCAGAUAUUACCCCGAUUGGUUUGCCGCACAAAGUCACCAAAGACACUUUGCUCCGAGGGUACCUGCUCCCCAAGAACACUGAAGUGUACCCCGUCCUGAGUUCAGCUCUCCAUGACCCACGGUACUUUGAACAACCAGAUGCCUUCAAUCCUGACCACUUCCUGGAUGCCAAUGGGGAUCUGAAGAAAAAUGAAGCUUUUAUGCCCUUCUCUAUAGGAAAGCGCAUUUGCCUUGGCGAAGGAAUUGCCCGCAAUGAAUUGUUCCUUUUCUUCACCACCAUCCUCCAGAACUUCUCUGUGUCCAGUCCCGUGGCUCCUAAGGACAUUGACCUCAGGCCCAAGGAGAGCGGCUUGACCAAAGUGGCUCCUACAUACCAGAUCCAGUUCUCACCCCGCUGACUGGGCUGCGGUGGCCAGGUGUCCCCACUCCUGUUGAGAAUGGCCCCAUCUUCUGCCUCUGAGACCUGCUGCCAACCAGGCUGUAGGUCACUGCUUACACCCUUCUACCUUACUGCAGCUUCUAUAAAGCUCCGAGCUGUGUCCUUAUGCCCUGAGAAUGGCACUGGGGAAAUCACUCAAUGUCUUUCUUGAUGUGUGAACUGAGAGACUUCUAAAGGCCACAUCUCAUGCUGAGUCAGUUCUCUAUUGCACCCAGCAACCACAAUUUCCAUGAAGAAACUUCUGGUCCUCCAUGAAACAUUCUAAUGAAUGCCAGAGGUCGUGUCAGAGGAGGAGUAGGUGGAAACUGAAGUUCAAAGUGUCAGCUCGCCAGGAGGAAAACUCUCUGAUGGGUUAAUCCUGUUUUAUGUAAGACUAUGAGAACACAGACUCUGCAAUAUCUUUUGAUUCUACUUUGUUCUUACAUGUUUAUUGCUACAGUCUUUCUCUGGUAUCUGGCUUGGUGUGAGUAGAUGUGGGGAGACCCUACUGCCUGUGACAUAGUGUGUUUCUCUCAUGAAAACAGCCUGAUGUACUGGGUAGUUUUAUCUGUGGAUUGUCAAGACCAAUAUUCCUCCUUAACUGUGCUGUCUAAUUGAUAUAAUGUUAGCUUAUACAGAAUUUUGAUAAAAAAAUGGACACAAGGAAAUAAUACACAGUCUGUGCCUAUGAGCUUCCCCUAAGGGGCUGCUGAAGACCACAGCUCAAGUUAAGAAAAACAAUGAGCCAGCUGUCUCAAAUUCCUUGAAUCUUAAUGCUCAGAAAUGCGUCACAGGUUUUAGUGUGCACCAUUAGUUGAAAUAAAGCUUCAAAAUAACUUUGGAUUGGACCAGAUUGGAUUGCUAAUGGCCUUUUAAAGAUAAACUACUCCAGAAAACCAAUCUAACAUUCAGAAGACACAUAGCUGAGCUGCUGAUUCAUUUAGGCUAGAGUCAAAAAUAAAAAACAGCCCAAUUAUUGCCAGCUGACAGAUGACUAACUUCUUGCACCCUUUCCUGGCAUUUUAUUGCUGAUAUGAAGACUCAAGUUCAGCUGACUGUUUCUUAUGUAUAUAAGUGUUGGGUCCUGGUAUUGCACAAUUAACAGGGAGUAGAAUAUCGGACUCUAGAAAUAGAAGCAACUUUUGUUCAGUCAGGACUGCAGAGAGUAAUGUGACUGUGUAGAACCCUAAGAGGAACUGCAGAUUUCUUUUUAUGAUCCAAGAUCACACACAGGGUAGGCAGUACAUUUUGAGAUUUAAAGCAUAAUGGUGUCACAGUUUCCCAUGAGUGCUGACUGAGGUGAAGCUAAGAAAUUUAUGCUUUCUCUGCAAUGUUGUCUUGAGCUUGAACUUUCAAAUUUAUGACACUCCAGUCACCUUGGAGAUCCAAAGAGAAUCUGGAAUUUAUGACUUCUGAUAACAGGGUAUUAGUUUAAUAAGUUUAAAUAGUUGUGGGUUAGUUUGAAUUGCUCUUCCCCUGCCAGGGAGAAAUGAAAUGUAACCCUUGGUGACUCCUGCAUUGCCUGAAAGAUUUUGUUAGGGUGUGUAAGCAGUGGGGGGGGGGGGGAGCGAGAGAGAGAGAGAGAGAGAGAGAAUUAGAGAGAACAACAUGAGAAGAGAAUGAAAAAUCAAACCAUCAGAAGAGUGUGAGUGUUUUUUCCCUAAUGCUCAGACAGAAAAAUCUUAGCUACGUGGAUCUGUGGAUUUCCUUUCAAAUCUUGUGAUGUCUGAAGGCUGACCCACUAGGCUGCAACAAACACACUCUAUAUAUGGUCUGAAUUCUGUGUCUGUGGACUUGCUUAAUCUGUGUGGUUCAGGUAGACAGAGUCACAUAGCUGUGAUCUUUCUGUAUGGAAUUUUUUACUUCACACAUUAUUUGCCACACAAACUCCAGUGUUGUCUGUGUGGCAUGACAUACGUCAUUAUGCCAGAUGGGAGCUAUGUGGCUUAUGGAACUAGGCUGCCUGGAGGUCAAUGCCAGAUGGCCCGGUAUUAGCCACCACUGAGGCAUAAAUGGGGUUCUUGAUUAGCUGGCUAUGCAGGAUAUGGGCUUUGCACAAUCUCUUUUAUAAUAAUGAUAUUCUUUAGACAAGGAUUCUCUCUUCAGGAACAGCUCUGGGAUAGGAAGCACAGUAUGGGAAUGUAUAAGACCACAGCAGAACCCUUGUCAUACAUGGGGUGUAUGAUGAGCAAGGGAAUAGAUGGGUUAAUGUUGAUGGACAAAGAGUGUUAUAUUAUACUUUGACCCCCAUGGUGUCUGCUGCAUAAGAAGGUACAAAAAAGUAUAUUUCAGCAGGUGCAGAGAACUGAUUAGGCGUAUUUGGUCACUAGGUGAGAUAAAGAAAGGGUUAGAAAGAGGAAGGGCCAUGAUAGCGAUAAUGAGACAGAAACUUUCUAUUCAUAAGAUGAAACCACUUGUCUGAGGUUUACGUUCCCAAAGACAAGAAUUCCUUUUCUGGGGAUGUUUUAUAUAUAACACCUGUCUCUGAUAAUAUGCUUUUCUUAAGUAUCGCUGAUGUGACUAAAAGAAGCUUUCAUACUGUGCCGACUAAUGAUACAUGACCUUCUUCUGAUUUGUUCUUUGUUUAAAUACUAUAUAAUGAAGUAAAAUUUCAUCAGAUUCCAACCA